AUGCAGCCACCUCCCAGUGUGCGGCCCCACAUACACCAGGCCCGUGAGGAGAAUAUGUACAUCAAAGGCUUCUGCUUCCUCCUGGACCAGAGCCUCCAACAGCUCCGGCACAUCCUGGACAGUCUGCCAGAGUGCCCCAAACACCCCACAGACAUCGUAUUCCUCAUCGACGGCUCAGGCAGCAUUAAUUCCAAUGACUUUGGAAGGAUGAAGACGUUUAUCAUCGAGGUCAUAAGGCGUUUCCGUGGCACCGACACGCUGUUUGCCCUCAUGCAGUUCUCCAGCACUUUCCAGGAGCACUUUGACUUCAACCAGUUCGAGAGCACCCGCGACAUAGAUUCACUCGUCAGUCAAGUUGGACAGCUCAGAGACUACACCUACACAGCCAGUGCCAUCAGGAAAGUGGUGAAGCAGCAGUUCGUCUCAUGGAAAGGAUCCCGGGAUGCAGCUACCAAGAUUCUCAUAGUGGUAACAGAUGGUAUGAAAAAUGACAACACUCAAUACUCAGAAGUGAUUCCACAGGCAGAGAGAGCUGGGAUCAUCCACUAUGCCAUCAGGGUCAGCCAGGCCAUCUCCCACUAUAGUGCCCAGCAGGAGCUCCGUGACAUCGCCUCUAAUCCCACUGACGAGCACAUCUUCCGGGUGAAUGACUUUGACGCCCUCCAGGGCAUCCAGAACCAGCUGCAGGAGAAGAUCUUUGCCAUUGAAGGCACCCAGUCCCAGAGCGGCAGCUCCUUCCAGCUGGAGAUGUCUCAGGAUGGAUUCAGCUCCCUGCUGUCCCCUGACGGGCCUGUGCUGGGAGCGGUGGGAGCCUAUGACUGGUCCGGUGGGAUAUACUUGCAUGGGACCAGUGGGGAGCCGAGCUUCAUCAACGUAUCCAGAACCUCUGGGGACAUGAAAGAUGCUUACCUUGGUUAUUCAGUUCAGGUCAUCACAUCCCAGGGGCGGAGCAGCUAUGUGGUUGGGGCCCCUCGCUACAAUCACAUUGGCAAAGUCAUCCUAUUCAGGCAAGAUGUCAAGCCUGGAGGAUGGCAGAUGGAAACCGAGGUGCCAGGAGAGCAGGUUGGCUCGUAUUUCGGGGGUACACUGUGCGCUGUGGACCUCAACGGAGAUGGGAACACGGACCUGGUUCUGAUCGGAGCCCCCACGUACCAUACACCCCUGAAUGGAGGGCGUGUCUAUAUCUGCCUGAUUAACCAGCAGGGAGCGAUGCGGAUCUGCACCAAGUCACUGCAGGGGCAUACGGGGCAGGCAUUCGGGCGCUUCGGGGCCAGCAUGUCCGAAAUCGGGGACAUCAGCGGGGAUGGACAGAUGGACGUGGCCAUUGGGGCCCCAUCCGGGGCCUUGUACAUCUUCCAUGGGGAGAAGAGAGGGCUUAAUCCCCAGUACAGACAGCGCAUCGGGGGGUCACAGUUUCCCAGCAGGCUGCACUACUUUGAGGCCGUCAGUGGCGGGACAGACCUGACGGGGGACGGACUGCCAGACAUCGCGGUGGGGGCACGAGGGCAGGUCCUGCUGCUGAGGUCCCGGCCGGUGCUUAGAGUCGGGGUCUCCAUCUGCUUCACAAUUCCCACCUCAGCCUUCAACUGCCAGGGGCAGGAGCAGCUCAACACGAAGGCCAGCAGAGCAAAGGUCUGCUUCACCAUCAUUAAGAGCACCAGGGACAGCCUAGGCGACAAGAUCUCCAGCACUAUCCAGUACAGCCUGGCCCUGGACCCCGGGCGGAUGAAGAUCCGAGCCGCCUUUAACUCCACCGGCCCCGUCCUGAGCAGGAAGCUGCCACUCAACAUUGAGACGAAAUGUGAGACGUACCAGAUAAUGUUACCUGACAUGUCUCUCUGUCUCCCCCUGUGCCCAGAGGACACUGUGACCCCCAUCACCCUGCGCCUCAACUACACCCUGACGGGGGAGCCCAUCUCUACCACUAGCAACCUCAAACCCAUCCUGAGCAAGGACUCCACGAUGGUGUCUGCAGGCUUGCUCCCGUUUCAGAAAGACUGUGGCACAGAUGGCCGCUGCAAUGACCAGUUAGAAAUCUCCUUCAAUUUCUCUGGCUUGAGCACCCUUGUGGUGGAGGUCACCCCUGAACUCAACACCACCGUCUCCAUCCAGAACUACGGGGAGAAUUCCUACGGCACCAUAGUGGGAUUCUUCUACCCGGCCACGCUGUCCUAUCGUCGGGUCCUGCUAGGUGGCUGCAUCUCAGAGCUGGGCAAGGGAUUGCUCCUGUGUGAAUGGCCUACUCAGCAGCAGAAAGUGAGUGUGGUGAGCGAGGCCCGGAUUGAAUACGAGGAGAAGAAAUACACCCAGAAGGAGGGAUUUGUCCAGCGCCAGGUGCAGAUGGUGGUGGAGCGCUCCGAGGUCUAUAACUACCUGACCAUCAUUGUGGGCAGCAGUGUGGGGGGCCUGAUCCUGCUGGUUCUCAUCACCGCAGCCCUCUACAAGCCCCAGCUGGCUCAGUGCACCAGUGAGGUGGGAACGCCCAGUUCGAAGGACUUUGUGAAGCAGAUGAGUGAGUGCCCCCUGCUGAUGAGUGACUGCUCCGUGGCCACCUGGAAGAAGAUCCGGUACAGAAUUGCAUCCCUAGAAAUGCAGCAGCUUCUGGAGUUCAUGAUCAAAGGGAACGUCAGCUUCCAGUGGGUCUCCCGGACCCAGCAACAGAAAGAUAGUCAUGUGAGCGAGGCCUGGAUUGAAUACGAGGAGAAGAAAUAUACCCAGAAGGAGGGAUUCAUCGAGCGCCAGGUGCAGACAGUGAUGGAGUGCUUCAUGGUCUAUACUAUCAGCCCUUCAUCCUGGGAGGAAUGGGGAGGGGCCUAUUCCUGCUAGCUGAUAUCAUUGUUGCCCUCUCCAAAGGGAGGGGUCUAGGCCUUGGACUUCUGCCUCACAACCAUCGCUGUGGGUUUGCUGCCUGUUGUUGUCAGUGUGCGUGUGCGUUCUCUCCGUGUGCUGUCCCAGUGCCGCAGAUAGUCGGCCCAGCAGACCUCGAUAGUGCUACCCAGAAAGACCACAGACUCGGUUUGAUGGUGAAGGCACUUGGCCAGGUUUAUUGUCAAUGAAGCAUGAUCCUAGUGCCCUCUAGACUCUACAGGAGCACUGACACAUGUACACCUGUGACAAAGGUGGAUAGAAAGCUAGCUAGAUCAUCGGGCUCAACAGGUAGUGAUCAAUGGCUCCAUGUCUAGUUGGCAGCGGUAUCAAGUGGAGUGCCCCAAGUAUUGGU